GGUGGAGGCGUGGCAACGUGCCCCACCCGCCGACCCCCCUUCGUCGAACUCUUCCCCUCCUCUCUCUGUCCAUUCCUCUCUCGCUCCCCUCUCCACAGUUACCUGUUCCACCACAACUGGCAACAGCCGAGUUCGUGAACGUUGUUAUCCCCGCCAAAAACUCACCUCAACUGCUUUCAUUGCUCACCAGGAUCAUUUAAGAACACUGAACGACAUUUUCACCAACAUUACAAACUCGUCGCGUGAACCCCCCUUCUUUUUUUCCUGUGACUCGUGGACCCCCUGCGUGAGACUCGCCACCAUGCACUUGUUGUCCGCCGGCUCCGUCGUCCUCUUCGUGGCGACAAUUCUCCGCCAAGUGAGCGGCCUGGAAACAGUGGUGGGACUGUACGGCCAAACGCUGGAGAUUCCAUGUAACAAAGAAGCCAUGAACGCGGAAGACGUGGUGAUCACCAAGUGGAAAUAUGACAAAGGAGAUGGCCUCUCAGGAGACCUGCUGGUCAAAAAGAAAAACAAAGACGUCUCCAUUAGUGCUACUGAUGAAUACAAGAGCCGCAUCAGUUUGGCGACCAACUCCAGCCUGAUACUGUCUGCCCCCAAGCUGAGUGACCAACGCACUUUCACCUGCAUGGUGGUGGGCAGUUCAGACAUCAGCGAGUAUCCAGUCAACGUCGUCAUCUACAAGGCACCUGCAGGUGUGGAGGUUUCUGACAAGGCACAGGAGCUGGAGAUUGGCAAAUUUACAAAGCUGGCCACAUGUGUCGCUAAAGAUACCAAUCCGGCAGUCAACAUCACAUGGAUGAGGAACAAUAAACCUCUGGUGGACAGCGGGAAAGGUGUUUCCAUCCGAGCCUCAGUGCAGGUGGACCCCGUGAGCGGCCUGUCGAGCACCUCCUCCACGUUGGAGUACUCAGCCACGAAGGAUGACACCGAUGCCCAGUUCUCCUGCAGCGUUCAGCAUAACUUGGGCAUACAGCUGGAGUCAUCUGCACUCACCUUCACCGUCACAUACUCCACGGAGAACAUUGUGCUGCAGGUGCUUGCCCCAGAACCUCUGGUGGAAGGGGAAAACGUGACCCUCAAGUGCGUAGCGGACGGCAAUCCGGCACCAACCAGCUUCAACUUCCACCUGAAGGGUGAAGUGGUUCCUGUGAAAAACACUGAUAGAUACACCCUCACUGCUGUCUCACGUGAUAUCACCGGUGAAUACAGAUGUUCCCUAAUUGACAACCCAGCCAUGAUGGCAUCCAAGAACAUCACAGUCAAUUACUUAGACAUCAAUUUAAACCCCUCUGGGAAGAUCAUCAAGACAGCCGGGGAGGCCUUGGAGCUAUCUUUCCAGAUCGACUCUUCGGGGGAAUCAAAAGUCUCCUGGACCAAGGACAAUGUCAAGAUGGACAAAGAGCCCACGUUUAACAAGCUGCAGUACUCGGAUUCUGGCCACUAUGAGAGUGAAGUGAAGAUGGGUGCACUUACCGAGAAAGCUUCUUUUGACUUGAUUGUUGAAGGCGCUCCAGUGAUCAAACAGCUGUCCAAACAACGUAGUGAAGAUGGUCAACAUAAAGUCUUGAUUUGUGAGGCCGAGGGCUCCCCAAAGCCAUCUGUUUCUUGGAGCAUCAAUGGCACCUCGCUUGAUGAAAGUCCCUUCAUCAACGGCAAGGUCACACACAAAAUCACAAUUGUGCCCACUGUCAACCUGACCGUCUCAUGCACCGUGUCCAAUGAGUUUGGUGUGGACACGCGAGACAUCAUUGUGUCCUCUCUAUUUGAGGAGGUGAGAGUGGAUAAACGAGACCAAUCGGAGGACGUCGAUCAAACCAAAUUGGUGGUCGGAGUGGUGGUCGGCCUUCUUAUCGCCGCCAUGGUCAUUGGGUUGGCCUAUGGAAUUUACCAGAAAAAAUCCAAGCAAGGCAGCUGGAAGACAGGCGAGAAGGAGAAUGGUUCCUCCGAGGAAGAGAGAAAGCUGGAGGAGAAGGUGGAGGAGAAUAGCCAAAAAGCUGAAGUGUAAACAAACAAGCCACCUGCCAUCGUUUGGGAAUGUGAAAGUGAGAACAUGGAACUUUGCACGUUUCUCCUCCUCACCUCAUCUUUUGGGAAAAGAAGAAAAGAAAAAUUGUACAUUACAAAGAAGACAGCUUGGAUUUGAUUUCAGGGAGAAUUUGACUACAAAUCCAAUCCAACUCUGGGAGGAAAAAAUUGGAUACUGUAUGUGAUAUACAUGCACUACUUGACACACGCUUAUACACAGUGUAGCUAUGUCGUCUGUUAGCAAUCAUUUUUAGGAAAGAACUAUUGUUGGUUAGUUGCUGCAAGUGAAAUAACUUUGAGACCAGGUUUGCCUUUGCUGUUAAAGAUGUGUAGGAAGCGCAUCGUGUCUUGUUCAGUCAGGCUUCGUUUAUUUUGAAAUGUACAUUUCGGUUUGUUCAUUUGUGUCGUAGAGAAUGGUGGAAUAGGCUAUGGGUUAUUAAUUGCUACAGUUGGUCUUGGCGAGGACACGCCGUUCAUAAUUUUUUUUUUUCCAAAUGUACUGUAUGUCGUCAGGUGGCUAGCACGGCUAGAUUUACCCAGAAAGUGAUGUCUAUUUUGCCUCCUUCCUGUAAAUCUACCCGCUAGUGUCUUUAGUGAGUGAUUCAUAAUUUAGUUGAUGUCAUCGCCGAGGAGUGCCGUUGUGAAAUAUGAGUUUUAUUUUGUUGUUGCUAUUUAUGUUGUACGAGAUGAAAGAUUGUCCCGAUGCUCAAACGGCUUUUUCCCCCCACUAUAGUUUGUUUUGAAUUGCCAUGAAAACACGCUUGCAGACUCCAGAAGAAUAGUAGAAGUUCAUUUCUGAAUUGAAAGCAUCCAAUUGGAAAAAUGACCAAAGAAAUUGAACAUUGUCAUGCAAGUAUUGUAAAUAUGUUUUGUUUUUUGUACUUUUGUUUAAAAUAAAGUGUACA